GUCUAUUUUUCUGUACAUUGUGUAGAUGGUCGCGACACGGAAAAACACGCUUAAAUUAAAUUUCUGUUAUUGAAUUUUUCAGUCUAUGUCUAUAUAUAGUAGAAGCUGUUGAAUAGCCAUACCUUUUUCAAUGAUAGAGAAACCACCCAGUUUACCACCUGGAUAUAAGCAGGGUAAAUGGAGGUCGUAUUUAUCGACACAGAUUUCUCCUCAACUCCUUCAACAAACCCUCAUCACUUCUACUGAUCGAUUUUUCAUAAUAUUAUUAACAUGUCUAGGUUUCAUAAUUAGAUUGGCAAAGUUAUGGUUACCAGCACGUAUUGUAUUUGAUGAAGUACAUAUAGGUACUUUUCUUCGAUUUUAUUUUAGAGGGGAAUUCUUUAUCGAUGUACAUCCUCCAUUAAUGAAGUUAAUUUACUUUUGGAUAGCAUUAUUAUUUGAUUGGAAUGGUAAUAUGGAAUUUAGUAAGAUUGGUCAACUCUAUCAUGCUGAUCCUGAUCAUGAAUUUCCUUAUGUAAUGCUUCGAUUGUUUUCAGCAUCAUGUGGAAUUCUUACUGUCCUAUUAACAUAUUUGAUAUUACGUUAUUCAGCUUGUCGAUCAUCAGUAGCAUUCUUUGGAGCUGGAUUAGUUCUUAUUGAAAAUUCAUUGAUAACUCAUUCUCGAUUGAUUCUUUUAGAUUCUCCAUUCUUGUUAUGUAUUGCACUUGUUGUAUUUGGUAUGAAGAGACUUCAAUUACAAUCUAAUCCAUUUCUGAUUAAAGGAAUUAAAUUCUUGGUAGUAAUUGGUUGGGCUUUGGGUUUAUUAACUUCAAUUAAAUUAGUUGGUCUUUUCACCAUAGCUUGGUGUGGUAUACUUACAAUUCAACAAAUAUGGAGACAAUUAGGUGACCUUGAUAUUAAAGUAAGUACUUGGUUUGGUCAAAUAUUUGCUAGAUUACUAUGUCUUGUAGUAUUACCAAUAACUAUUUAUUUAUCCAUAUUUAUGGUACAUUUUGAAACUCUACCAUUCAGUGGUGAAGGUUCAGGAAUUAUGUCACCUAUUUUUAAAUCUGGUUUAGGAGAUUAUGAAUAUUUAACCAAUCAACCUAUUGAUGUUUCAUAUGGAAGUACAGUAACUUUAAAACAUUUAGGUACAGAAGCAUAUUUACAUUCUCAUAAUUUCACUUAUUGGUCAGGAACUGGUGAACAACAAGUUUCCCUUUACGAAUUUAUGCCUGAUGAUAAUAAUGAAUGGAUUCUUGAAACUAGAAAUAAGAAUAGAGAAGGUCAAUUACAAAAGAAAUUUCGUCCAAUAAAAGAUGGUGAUACAAUAAGAUUAUUUCAUAAAUCAACUGGUAAAUAUUUACAUGUAAAUAAUGAAGUUAGACCACCAAUGUCAGAUCAUGAUUAUACAAAAGAAGUAAGUUGUAAUAGUAAUCGAGAAGAGUUAUUGGGUAAUAUUAAUUAUGAAUUCAAAGUUAGAAUUGUUUCCAAGACUUAUUAUUCUGACAAUGAAUUACCAUUACGGAAACUUCAAGCAACUAGAUCAAUUUUCCAAUUAAUUCAUGCUGAUUCUAAGUGUAUACUUAUGAGUCAUCCAGUAAGAUUACCUGAUUGGGGGUUUGGACAAUUUGAAGUUUUAUGUGUUGAUGAACCAACCAUUCCAAAUACCUUAUGGUAUAUUGAAGAAAAUCAUCAUCCAUUAAUAGAUGAUGAUAAGAAUUAUGCUAGAGUUAAAUUUCCCCAGUAUAAUUUCUUUAGAAAAUUAUGGGAAUUACAUAAAACUAUGUUCAGAAUAAAUCUGAGCUUUACAACUCAUCAUAGAUAUUCUUCUAAACCAGAAACUUGGCCAUUUGUAUUAAGAGGAAUUAAUUAUUUUAGUAAUGAAGGUAUGACAAAAUAUAUUAAUGAAGAUCCAUCUCAUAUUUAUCUAUUAGGAAAUGGAGCUAUUUAUUAUACUGCCAAUUUAAUCAUUCUUAUUACAUUUAUAAAAUUAUCCUUCUACAUGUUUAAACAUUUAAAUCCAUUUACAAUCCCUUAUGAAUCAUUACUGAUAUCUUCAUACUAUCAAAAUAGUUUUGAAUAUCUUCUCGGUUGGGCAUUCCACUACAUUCCCUUCUUUUAUAUGAAUCGAGAAUUAUUUUUACAUCAUUAUUUACCGGCAUUAUUUUUCUCCAUCUUAUUAACAGCACAAUUUAUAGAAUAUCAAUUAUCUAAGCGGAGACAAUGGGGGAUUUUCUUAAUUAUAAUUAUUCUGAUUAGUGCCUUAUAUUGUUUCUGGAGUUUUAUGCCAAUAAUUUAUGGUUUAAAUUGGACAAAACUGCAAUGUAAUCAUGCCAAAUGGUUAUCAAGUUGGGAUAUUGAUUGUAUGACUUAUUGAUUCAGAAUGCAAAAUAAAACAAAA